CCCAAGACCAAGAGCAAAACAAGGCAGCAGCUGUCAGAGUGUCAGACAGUCUGCUCCUGCUGGACGGUGGGCGGCCGGGCUCCCGGGGACGGAAAAACGCUUGAGGGGCAGCAGUAUACAGCACCGUGGCGGCCCAUCUCUGCGUUGGGACACUCUUCAUCCUGUAAGGUGGCAGCAGUGAGGAGCCUCAUAUCCCACGGUUAGUGAGGGAGCAAGCAGCUUCACUUCCCACCUACUGCCAGCAAGUGGAGAUGGUGGAAGUGUGUGCACAGGUGCUGGGAGGACCAGUGCAUCUUGCUGGGGACACCGUGCAGGUCUGCGUCACUGUCACGGCUCCCUCACUCAACCCAGCCCUCCGUGCCCAGUCCAGUGAUGUGUGUGAGGUGGUGGCAUGGGGAAGUGCUCAGAUCCACUGUCAGUGCUCAGUCAAUGAGGCACGUGUGAGGCUACCAGCAUCCAGUCCCCGCCAGGCUGAGGAGCGAGCAAUGGCCAACGCAGGUCAGAUAAAUAACGGACAUGACACUUCUUUUGCCCCGUGCCGGGGUGAGCGAGGCCGCGUUGUGUUAUCCACCAAGCCCAAGAUUCUAUUCUGCGACCUUCAGCUUCUCCCAGGCGAGAGCAGAUCAUUUGUGUACAAGGAGACACUGCCAUGUGAUGCCCCACCCACCUACCGGGGACAGCUACUCAAGUAUGCCUACAAGAUCACUAUCGGCACUCAGCGUCUCGGCAGCCCCACCAAGCUGCUGCGGAUCCCCAUCAUGGUCAUUGUGCUGCAAGGGCUUAGUGAAGCAUGUGUGUACAGUGAAAGUGGAGAACUGGCACCCUCCAACCCCUUCCUACACACUCCACAGCGUGACACCCCAAGACACACUGCACUGCAGAUCAUACAGAAUGCAUCAACUCGUAAAAGCCUCAGCCAGUACAACAUUACCAACACAAGGGGAAAAGUGGUGAGGUUCUGCAUUUACAAAUCAAGCUUCAGACUAGGCGAGGACAUUGUAGCCACCUUUGACUUCAGUGAAGCAGAGAUUCCUUGUGUCCAGUAUUCAGUUACCCUGCAGAGUGAAGAGGUCAUUGCAGAGUCUUGUCGACAGCGUACAUCACAGAAGCCUAUGUUGGUGCCUUACAGCAAGGCCCAUGAAGUGUGCCUAAAUCUUUCCCACACACACCUCCUCCUUCCUAUCCCUUUGCACAUCACUCCAACCUUUACAACUGAUAUGGUGAGUCUUCAGUGGCAUCUGCACUUUGAGUUUGUGACCAGUGUGACAGAAGUUCACGGACCUUCACCUUGUGCUAGCAAGGAGGAUCAGGUGGAAUGGCGUGCACCAAGCACUUUAGAUAUUGAGACCAUGGUGUGGGACUUGCCUAUCACCAUCCUGCCUACCACACCAAGCCAGGUGGCUCAGGCCAUCUGUAUGCCAGACCAGCACACCCUGCCACUGUGAACCCAUGGGGCCAUAAGCCAAGGAUAUGUGAUUGUAGCCCUGCGGUACUUCAGAGGGACCUCCCACUCUUCCAGGACUCGGGGGGCUUGGGUGACGGCUGCUGCUCCUGAUGGUGAGGGUCCAGCCAUACCACCUGGUGCACCGCCACCUCGGACUGGAACAAAUAUACACCUUACA